CUAUCUUAUCCAACCCGACAAGUUCCGUUUGCCACAUAUCAUUCUAUCAUGGGCGAUUUUAAGCAUCAAGUGGCGGAACCUUUCGUGCAACAUAACGCCAAAACAGUUUCUUCGAACUCAACAAUACCCUUUUUCUGCCCGGGAUAAUGAGCUAUCCCGUCAAAAUGGGUCUUAACAAGGCGAAGCUGACGAGGGAUAUACGAGUUAAACCAGUGAUUUCCUGAGAUCUGGGGAGAGCAUCAUUCGAACUUGGGCGAUUUUGCGUCGACUGUACAGAGCACUCCGGACGGAAUGAAAUGCCAAUUUCUUCUCGCCCUGUCGGGGAAAGGUUGCGUAAAGGCCAUGCUGCCUCCUGUCAGACUCUGCGCAAGGCAGCCAGCCCAGCCCAGCCCAGCCCCGAGGGGGUUGAACUCUCCUGCUCUGCCUGAAGUUCAUCCAAACUGGCCUAGCUUCAAAGUUUCGUUGAAUAUGACCUCGACUGCGGCGGGACUGUUGGGCAGAAACCCAUGAAACAAGCACAGGCUCCUGAGGUAUACCGGUCAUGCAUCCCAUUCGGCUUGUCAUCCCAGCCAAGUCACAGGAGCAGUGGCGGCAUGUGAGGGUGCUGACCAAUCACGCCGCCGUCAUUCUGGUAACUUACAUACAGCGGACCCUGUCGGUGCCAGCCUGCCAGGUCAGCUCUGAGAAGCGCACAUGGUACUCCGUUUUACAGUACUGUAAUGUUUUCGUCUGAAGCCGGAAGAACCUGCCAGUAGCUAGCUAGUAUGUUGUUUCGCUGGGAGAAUUGGUACGGAGCACAGCGGAGUGAGAAUGCUCGAAGGGGACUCCUACAGGGCU